AAAUGCCCAUGCCCCUACAUGACUGCAAGGCUUUGCCUUCGGGUGCAGCUAGGUUCGAACUUUGAACUGGGUUCUUCUGUCUCACUUCCGUCAAGAUAUUAGACGGUACACGAGGCUUUGGCAAUUGGCCAAUCUGCUCCCCUUGAAUCCGGAUUUAUGAGUUUUCCCAUAGAAAUGGUAUGAGAGUGCAGGAGAUCAAAACUCUAUCCAAAACUAGUCCAUGUUCACCCGUCAUAUAGGUUGAUGAGGUCUGGCUCUGGCUCUGGCUCUGGUGGCUGUUUCUUCCAACUGUGUUGCGGGUGUUAAUUAUUCUUUUGGCAGAAACUUCUAAUGAUUGUCACAAUAUGAAUAUUUAUUUUAGUCUUCAUCUAACUUAAGUCUUUCAUGACUAAUAAGUAGUCAGUUCUUUCUCUGGUUUAUUACCUGAUCCGGCCCUCUUUGUUGCCGGAGUUGUUGCUGUUGAGGAGAGACAAAGUUGUCACGUGGGAUCAGAUUUGCUUCCACCGACGUCUUCAAUGCCUCAUCGCCAUUUUAUUUAGAUUUCUCUUUCUUUUCUCUCUUCCUUUUCCCCUUCGCUUCCGUUGUUGGUUGAAUAUAUGGUCAGAUUCGGACUGUGAGUUGUGGAUUUGAAAAUCUCAUCAAAUCGGGUUCUUGAUAGAGUCCCAUUUUCAUUUGGAACAAUUGCAGCAACAAGACAACAACAAAUUUCGGAAUAUCUUUUUUUUCCUUCUACUUUUAUUUGAUGAUAAUCACUGAUCGGUGUUCACCGAUUUUUCCUUGUUUCUCCAUGAAUUAUUCCUUGUUUUUACAUUUUUCAUUUUUUUUCUAACUACUAGAGUGGAUGGAGAAUGAAUGAUUUUAGCCUGUCGGGUAGUUCAUUGUCUCCAAUUUGUUUCUUUUUUAAAUGCCUAUGUUAGAAAUCACUGAUCUGUUGCUUGAUGUUGUUUCUGAUUCAGAAACAUAUGCGAUGCCUGAAUCGAAAAUACUAUGCGUGUACUUGUUUCCUCAAUAACUUGGAGUCUCGUUUGUGAGGCAAUAGACAACAAACUUAAAUUUGUAUUACUAUUAUUAUCAUCCAAUUUUAUGGAGAAUGGCUUUGAUUUACAGAUAUCAGAGAGUAAGCCCAGAUUGUCAUCCUCCUUUGAGCAGUGCUAAAAAGUUCGGUUUGAAACCAACAAUAACUACAACAGCAGCAGCUACAAUGUGCAGGGAAGAGAGCGGAAGCUGCAGCAACAGUUGCAAUAUUGAGAAUGGAGGAAGCGUUCCAAAAGAUAUUGGCACUGCUUUUGAAGGAGCAAAGGGGGUAAGAUACAGAUCCCCAUCUAGAAGCCAAGACCACCUACAGAAUGGUACUUCGUUCCAUCCCAGGUCUGGUGUUAGUGGUAAUGGAAUACCCAAUUCUCUUCCAAAAGCACAAGCACAAACUGAGGGCAACAACCUCCUCCAUGACACGCCAAAGAGAAGCAAGACUACUAGCCCCAAGCGUUGCGAUGUGCUAUUGCAGUGGGGUCAAAAGAAAAGGGCAAGAGUCUCAAGAUCCGAGAUCCGGCCACUCGCUGGUGAUUCUUCCUCGUCAAGUGUUCCAGGUAAGCAGCACAUAGGCAAUAAGGUUCACAGGAGAGUCUUGCAUGCAACAAUGCCUCCUCCGCCACCACCACCACCUGCCUUUAACACAGCCCGAUGUUCAAAUCUUCGAAAUGGUUUGCUUUCUAGCAGGAAUCUAGAUGAGCGAUCAGCUGCUGCUAGUGGAUCACCAUCCAGAAACAGUGGUGGCACUAGCCGAGCUGCUUCUAGAUCUAUGGCAGGAAAACAAUCUCCUACUCUAGAGACCCUUGAUAGAAAGAAGUUGUGUGCUGGGUCAGUUAAGGAUGAGAAGAAAAAAGGACCAGUAGUGCAAACUGAUCGCUUGAAUCAGACUGAUUCUGCUCCGGUUCAAUCAGAACAGGCAGGUGGAGCUGCUAAUACUGUUUUAGCAGCUGGAGUGGGAGAGAAAGUGAAUGUUGAAGUGAUCGAGUGGCCCAGGAUUUACGUUGCCUUGUCAAGAAAGGAAAAAGAGGACGAUUUUUUAGCCAUGAAAGGAACAAAGCUCCCCCAGAGACCCAAGAAAAGGGCUAAGAACGUAGAUAGAACGCUCCAGUAUUGUUUUCCAGGUAUGUGGCUAUCCGAUUUGACUAAGAGCCGAUACGAGGUUCGAGAAAAGAAAUCCGUGAAGAAGCUAAAACGAAGGGGGUUAAAAGGAAUGGAACGCGAGGACAGUGAUUCCGAGUAAGAUCACAAGAUUCCAAAUUUCAGUCACCUGUGAAUACAAAAUUAUGAAAUGCUGGCGGUGGACACAAACUGCAUCACACGCAUAACAAGUUGCCACGAGCAGCGGAAGGCCAGAGGAGUUUCUUACUUUGUUUACUCGAGCGGGCGGCAUCUAAAUCAGCUGGCCUCUUUUUGUUAUGCCCAAUUGUUUUUUGGCAUCACAUUCUUUGCUCUUUCUUUUACUUUUUUUAUUUUCAUCAAUGACUAAGUUUUUUAUUUGCUUUUUUAGGUUAAAGCAGGAUUUCCAACAAAGUAGUCCAAUCAUCUCCGAUUUCUUCAAUGAUCUUAUUAUUUCAUUAUUUAUGCAAUUUUGAUGUAACAACAGAACAACAGAUCAAAAUAACACUAGAAUAAUUUUUAACUAAAAUAUUCACUGAAAAUACAACAAAAGUAUUUACAUGUCGAAGCAGCAGCUUGAAGACUUAGCAAAAGGUCUUUUUGGUAUUAAUGAACCAAGGUUCUAAUAAAAAAAACAACAAUAAUGCUCAGGUAGAACGGGGCCAAUUUUAUUUACCACAAAAAAUAAUAAAAAAGAACUGUUGAAUUUUUCAAUGUAAGCGUCGAACACCUACCUUUAAUAUUUUGGGGCGGGCAUUUACCCGGCACCGCCCUUUUUUUUUGGCUUUUUAACUCUACUCUUUGGACUUGUUUUCACAUGCCUCCAUAAUGCAAUUCUAAAAUUUUUACGGGUUUAAGCAAUAAAUUGCCAUGCUCCAACCAAAAGAAAAAGAAUACCCGACUUGAAUUCUUAACCUGAUAUUCCCAAAAAAUUAAAAAGAUUGAACAUGACAGCCAACAGUUGAUGUGGAUCAACUUUUGUUUGGAACUUGGUCAUUGUAUCCUCGUCCUUUAUUACAAAGGAAAGUUCCUUGAAGUGAAACUUCAAAAUGCGAGUAUUUACGUAUUUCUUAAAUCUUCCUAGCUAGCAAAGGCACCACACUAAAGCUCUACAGACAAUCUUUUUUUUUUUUUUUUGGAUAUAUUAAACAUGUGAUAAAGCCUUAAUAGCGAUGUCAACCGUUGAUUAACAUAUAUUGGAGCAACAACUCCCCUUAACAGGAGUCUUGCACUAACAACUAAAACGGCUUUCCUACCGCUACAUGGAUGGUCAGCUGUGAGAUGCU